CUGGCGGUAUUAUUGUCAUCGUACUAUGGCGCGUAAAAUGUGAGUGAAUGAGAAUUACUUCCUGUCUCUGUGGCUGCUGUUUGGAUCGGAGGUUUUGAUCGUAUUUCGUUUUAACGCGUCUGUGUUUGGUUCAUAGAAUGGCUGAAGAGGAAGAUGAUCCUGGCUUUGAGGAGGAUACAGAGGACGGAGGUAACGGCAUAGACUCUGGACAUGGAAAAAGAAAGCGACUUUUUUCGAAAGAGUUGCGCUGCAUGAUGUAUGGGUUUGGUGACGACCAGAACCCGUACACGGAAUCCGUGGAUAUACUGGAGGAUUUGGUCAUCGAGUUUAUCACGGAGAUGACCCACAAGGCGAUGUCUAUAGGACGACAGGGCCGUGUUCAGGUGGAGGACAUUGUCUUUCUAAUCCGUAAGGACCCUAGAAAGUUUGCAAGAGUGAAAGAUCUUCUUACAAUGAACGAGGAACUGAAGAAAGCCCGCAAAGCUUUUGACGAGGCUAAUUAUGGGUCCUAAAGUAUUUGUUAAGUUGUCACUUUUUAUAAUAAAUGUAGUUUUGCUUAAUUGUGUUUUACAUGUUUGUAUGGUAACGCACGUCAUGCAUAAGGCUACAUUUAUUUUGCUUUGUGAAAUUAGGAAUAAGAAUUUCCAGGUGACUGUAGGCCUUAAACUGUGGAACAUUUUUCAGUUUUGUCCUGAAAUAUAAAUGUUUUUUAUUGAACAAUAAAGAUACAUGGUUAAAUGUUUCAUAGGAGAAAA